GCUCACAAAACUUGGACGGCGCACUCAGGAUGUUCGGACUCCAGUAUGUUUUGGCCGUGACGCUGCUGACGUCACUGGUCCAUGGCCAGACAACAGACGAUUCAGCACUCUUACUCGUAGGUACAGUUAUUUUGAGACCUUUUAUUUAGUCUAGAGUUUAUAAUACUUAAGAUUGUCACGUCAUUUGCACCCUCAGAAAACAUACUCAGUGACCCUAACGAUGUGUUAUUUAUUUUAUACUCUUGUACUAAUUUUAUAAAAUUUCUAAACCAAAAAGUGAUGCAACAGCUAAAGACCAUAUCUCUCCACCUAGUGUUAGCGUAUUCCAGUCCGUGAAAAGGAAUAUGGUUUUCAGACCAUCUUUUUCUUUUCAAUUAGAUAUGAGCUAUUUGUAAAAAUAUUUAAGGUGCAUUUCUAUUGAAAAUAAAUAAAAAAAAUUAUCAGACUGAUAAAUAAUCUGAUUAAAGAUAACAAUUGUUUUGACUUGCACAGCCGGAAAAAAAUAAUUUCAUUUAGGAAUUUAGUUAUUUUUAUGCCAUUAAUUUAUCUUCAGAAAUCGCAAGAAAGUUGUGGAAGGUAGAAACAUUUUAGAGAUUUAAAUAUUUUGUGAAAAUUUAAAUAUUAUGUAUACAACAAUUUUAUCGCAAAAUAAGGAACCUUAAUCAUUAGAACACGAGCCGAUCAUCGUCCGAGUAGGUGGGCCUGAAAAAGAUAUUAUGAAUCGGCUUCGUCGGCCCAAGAAGGAGCCGAGUUGCAGACCACCUCCUUUUUUUUUUUUUUGCUGAGGAAAAUCCCCACAGUUCGGCACGCGGAAUGUAUACACACUGCGGGAGAUGGGGAAAGUUGAUCAAAGAUAUUGUUAUGAGAUUUCACGGUCAAUUGGUCCAUUAUAAGUGUGUAUUCUUUUGCCUUGCAGGGACCUACGGGGAAUGUGGAGGUAUAAAGUGCGACAACUAUGCGGUGUGCAAGAUUGAAAAUGGACGUCCUAAAUGUUACUGUGAGGAUGGUUCAACUGGAGUCAUUUGUCAAGUAGUCAGUAAGUACUCAGCUUAUUGUGCACCGCGCAGCACGAUAUUAUUAGAGUACUUCAGUUUAUUUGAGUUGAAGAGAAAUAUAAAUAUAAUUGUGUUUAAAUCUCGAUUUAAUAAAGUAUCGAACCUAUUCCCUGCCAGUUUCUUGUUUAAAAAUAUAUAUUUAAUAUAUGAAGCCCAGUAUGUAGGUUUUUUCCCCUCUGGUUUAAUCAGUUACUUUAUCGCAAGAAACCCCUCCAAGCAAGAGAUGGCAACCACAUUUGACAUGGUCAUAUCUCGUGAGCUACAGAGUGUCAAUGGAACAUUUAGUUGAAAAAACCCAUGAAUCCCAAGAGCUUAAUUAAAAUUAACAAAGCCGAUAAAUACGUUUAUACCAUUUAAUCUCGAGCCAUGGGGUUGGGAGCCAUGGGGUUGGGGUCGGGGCCGACAAAUUAACAAAACAUGCAUACAAGUAACGCUUUUUAUAAGAACCCCAAUUAGUACACCCACCCCCAACCCCCCCCCCCCCCGAAAAAAAACCAAAAAAACAACCCUCCAAGUCUUGCAACUGCACAUGUUUUUCUCACCUAUUAAAUAUAUUCAAAUACUAAUGACCCACCCGCUUUUACACCGCAGAUUUAUUUCAUCCAUUAUUUCAAGAAAACAAAAGAAAAUCUGCACGCGACAAACACACAAGCGACGUACUUUGUUUUAAAGGAAUCUCAUUUCUCGCAAUUAUCGGAAAUUUUAUUUCGUGAAAUCGGUGUCAUCGUGUUUCGCUUAUCUUCCCUUUGAAAAACGGGGGAAAACAGAUUUUUCAGGGCGGAGUCUGAAAUUUUGUUAGAACUUUUGUCACCGGCAACGAGUCAAUGUGCCAAGUUAUAAAUCAAUAGGUUGACGAGAGGUGGGUCAAUUAGCCGUCCGAAGAUUUUGCCUGCCAUUCACGAACGAAAGCGACGUUUCGAAGGAACGUUCUAAAUUAAAUAAAUCCGUCUUUUAUGUUUCAGCAAUAAAGAGAGGAUGCACCUUGGACUGUAAGAACGAUGCAGUGUGCCAGGUUGAUGCGGACAAAAAACAGAAAUGUGUGUGCCCUGAUGGAUUUUACGGAGCACUGUGUCAAUAUCAGGGUAAUGGUACUAUUAGAUAAAUAUCCAAGUUUUAAUAGUACUAUUUUUAAAAAAAUAAUGUUAAAAAAAGAUAAGAUGUCCGGAUAUAAGAAAAGACCCAGAAGAAUAUGUUAGCUCCCCUUUUCUGAAUGAUGUCUUCUUUUAUACAUGAUCUUACAAAAGGGAGGGAAAGCUAUGGGUAAAGAUGUUUUGAAAUAAUAUAUGCGACUCAUAGACGCAUACGUUAUCGACUCCCCUUGAACGUUAGAUUUUUGACAUCGUUGCCUUCAUUUUACAUUUUUUCAGAAUAUUUUAUGAUUCACUAAAAAUUCUUGCAUUUAAAAUAAAAUUACUCUGCUUUUUGUUGAAUACUGAACAUUUAAUUACAGAUGGAGCAACAUCUGCCCUUUGAGGAAAUAACUCCUAAGAAAAGCAUAUAUUUUAUUAAUUACCCUACUUAUUGCAUUUUAAACUUUUGAUAAGGCUCUUUUGAAAAAAAAAAGAUAUGUUCCUACUUUAACUAACGCUUUCAUUGCACACUUUGUACAUUCUGUGUUUAGGCACCCCAAGUUGCUCCAACCACAAGUGUUACAACAACGGCGUCUGCCAAGUUAUACAAGGCAUCCGCUACUGUGAUUGUCCACUUGGCUUUGACGGUCCAAAAUGUGAAAGUAAGUGGAAAUGUAUGUCUUGUUCAAGACGCGACAAAAAGAAACGCGAAACGUUGGUCAAACGAUCUCUCUUCUUCAAAUGUGUCCACUGUGUACUGGAGAAGCCUCGCGGGAUGCUGCUGUUGGCGGGUUGCCGCAUGACGUGAGGCCUGCUGGAUGUUAUGUUUUGGGUUCUAAUAGUAUCCCUAGAGCAGCCGAGCCACCAAAAGCGUGGUUAUAUCUCUAAACUGAAACCCUAGUACCUGCUUCUCUACGCUCGACAGGUUGACAGGCAUUCUGACUGCUAGACCAGCCUGAACAGCUUAUCAAUUUUUUUUUCUCAUAUACUGGAUGAUGGGGAUGCAAUUAACGAUUAAUUAUUUUACUUGUUUCCUAAUGUGGCUCCUUCUUGUUUUUACAAAGCUGCCCGCCUUAAACAUCUCAUCUCGCUGGUGACUGUUUUUUUCCUCGAGACUUUUAUUCUGAGCCCAGGGUCUGGGAAUGUUUGCAAUGGCCGAGAUCUAUUUCAAACAUUGUAGAGAAACUAUAUUUCAAAGGUGUAAACUUUUCUCAAAUUUUGUUUUAUUUUCCAAAUGAAAACUCAUAUCCAUCAAAUCUAUUCCUCAAUAGAAGUUUUACACUUAUGACACGAUCAGGAAAUCUAUUAGUCUUUAGUCCUACUGCCAUUGUUCUAGAGAAAUACGGGGAGGACAGGGUUCAGGUUGGAACAAUAACAAAAUGUACAACAGGUAAAAGAAAAUCUUAAGAACGAAAAUACAAGAAAGUACAAAUUGCGGCCAAAAGGCAUUUGUUAGCAAAAAAAGUUAUAGACAGAGACAAACACUCUUAUCUUGUUGUACGUAUAUGUGUUGACAGAAAAUUGUAGACAUAUAUAAAUUAUUGUCUAGUCUUAGAUACUAUCUCUCUUUUAUAUAUAUCUGAUUAUAUAUUUUUGCAUCUCACUGUAUCACUCAUUUUUUUACUAUAGUGCUCUCUGCUACCUCUCUAGCACUUCCGUCUAUCAAACUCUCUCUCUCUCUCUCUCUCUCUCUCUCUCUCUCUCCCUCUUACUCCUUCUCCCUCCGUCUUCCUGCGUCCUUUCCUAAAUGUACUUUAUUUCUAAAGUAGUCUUUUAAGAACUGGACAUUCUGGAAACAAUAUGUGAAUUUUAUAAUUUGACAUCUUUAACUUAAUUGUAUUUUGCGAUGACGAUGCUGUUAAACAGAUUAGGCAAGGAAUCAUCACCGAGGCGACUGAGAAUUUGAGCAAGUUUCAAAACGGUAAUCCUAUUUGGUCGUAUGGUUUUUAAACAAUAAUCAAAUAUUAACUUUGAUGAACAAAAAGGUAUUCCCUCUUACAGAUAUUAACUGGUGUCAGAGGAAAAAAGUCGUCUGUUUCAACAGCGGCGACUGCAUGAAUGAGACCAAAGACUUCAAAUGCAAAUGCCUCACUGGUUUCACAGGGCGAUUCUGUGAGCUAGACGUCACAAGUACGUAUUUUUGUCCGUCUUGUCUAGUUUUUGAUCUGUUUAAAAAUCUUGAUAUGAAACUUAGCUCAUCGAGCGACCGGGACUGAUGUGGAUUGCUAACGAAGAGAAAGACUUACAUCAGCCGGGGGUCUACGCUUGGGGGACGGAAAGCCAUGGAUCGAACCCAUAAAAAGGAUGUUGUGGAGCAGGACAGGGCCCUUGUGGGCAGUCGUGCCACUGUUGAUGGUGUCCAAAUGAAAAGAUUUAGUUCAGCAGGCCAGUAAUGGACCGUAGUAGCACUGCUGAUGUUAAAUAUGAAAUACCUUUGGACAACAUGUGUCGUAAUAAUUAUUAUCAUAAAAACUCACAAUAAGAUUCACAAAAAACAUACCCAAAAAAAAAAACCCAUUAAACUAAAGACAAAAUAAUUGGUACAGUUAAUCGUGUUUUGAUAUUCGUUUGAUUUUUUCAUUAAAACUAUACACAUGCCUGACAAUAGAUCAUUUUGAAUUUACAUCUUUUUAAAAUAAAAUUAAAUUUACAUCUCAACAACUGUGAGACUGGAUACAAUUUUAUUACUUCAUUUAUGUCAAUUUCUUCACAAAUUAUGAUACAUCUAUAUGAAGACACAAUCAAAUGGCUUCAUUGAAUGAUUUCAAUGGCUCAUUAGUCAUUAGUUCUGUCAUUGGCCUAUUCGUUGGCUCUGUCAUUGGCCUAGUCAUUGGCUCUGUUAUUGUCCUAGUCAUUGGAUCUAUCAUUGGCCUAGUCAUUAGCUCUGUCAUUGGCCUCGUCAUUGGCUUUGUGAUUCGCCUCGUCAUUGGCUCUGUCAUUGGCCUAGUCAUUAGCUCUAUCAUUGGCCUAGUCAUUGGCUCUGUUAUUGGCCUAGUCACUUGUUCUAUCAUUGGCCUAGUCAUUAGCUCUGUAAUUGGCCUAGUCAUUGUCUCUGUUACUGCCCUAGUUAUUGGCUCUAUCAUUGGCCUAGUCAUUAGCUCUGUCAUUGGCCUAGUCGUUGGCUCUGUCAUUCGCCUAGUCAUUGGCUCUGUUAUUGGCUUAGUCAUUGGUUCUGUCAUUGGCUUCGUCAUAGCCUGUUAAAAUAAAAUAAACAUAGCGACGUAAAACUUUGAUACAAUACUCAAGAAAAAAGAAUAACAAGGAAUGUGGGAUAAUGAAUUGAAAGACACAACAAUUAAAGUAGAAUGUUUUGGCUAAGAGCCUUCCUCGGCAGACAGGACAAAUGCAAAUACGACAAGAAAUAGAAACUAAUUUAAAUAACGUAAUUGUUCGCAGGAAGCCUCACACACUUUGAAACAAUAAACACAAGCUUUGAAAGAAUACACACAAACUUUGAAAUAAUGCUAACGCUUUUUUUAAAACAAUACCCACAAACUUUCAAACAAUACUAACAAACUUUCAAACAAUACCCACAAACUUUCAAACAAUACCCACAAACUUUCAAACAAUACUCACAAACUUUCAAACAAUACCCACAAACUUUCAAACAAUACUCACAAACUUUCAAACAAUACCCACAAACUUUCAAACAAUACCCACAAACUUUCUAACAAUACCCACAAACUUUCAAACAAUACUCACAAACUUUCAAACAAUACCCACAAACUUUCAAACAAUACUCACAAACUUUCAAACAAUACCCACAAACUUUCAAACAAUACCCACAAACUUUCAAACAAUACCCACAAACUUUCAAACAAUACCCACAAACUUUCAAACAAUACCCACAAACUUUCAAACAAUACCCACAAACUUUCAAACAAUACCCACAAACUUUCAAACAAUACCCACAAACUUUCAAACAAUACCCACAAACUUUCAAACAAUACUCACAAACUUUCAAACAAUACUCACAAACUUUCAAACAAUACCCACAAACUUUCAAACAAUACCCACAAACUUUCAAACAAUACCCACAAACUUUCAAACAAUACUCACAAACUUUCAAACAAUACCCACAAACUUUCAAACAAUACCCACAAACUUUCAAACAAUACCCACAAACUUUCAAGCAAUACCCACAAACUUUCAAACAAUACCCACAAACUUUCAAACAAUACCCACAAACUUUCAAACAAUACUCACACUCCAUAUAACAAAACUCACAAACAUAAAAUAUACCAACUUAUAUUCUAUCACUGCUUAAAAUUUCACUGACAGAAAAGAACGGAAAAGACUUCUUCAUCUUUUCUUUUCUCUUCUUGGUUCGACUUUUAAGAUAAAAUUGGUAAAUUUAAACAAUGCUUUUCUUCUUCUUUUUUUUCAGUCGAUGGUUAAACUACUCGUCUUGAACCAAGUGCUCCUACCUCAUGAAUUCCAUUACACAGAGGUGUACACUUAACACAAUAAACAAUGACAGUUGAAGUGAUGCUCAAAAAGUAUUUUUUUAAUUUUUUUUUUUUUUUAAAAUCACUUAUAUUCAUAAUAUUAAUUUAACGAACCCCAGGACUUUCCAAACCAAAGCCAAUAAAAUCAGCAACACUAGACUAAAGAUUUCUGUUGAGAAAAUAUAUGAAUUUCCUUUAUAACCUCGACAAUAAAAGAACAUCUUAAAAGGAAUGCAAGCUUCGUGUGUGUAAGUGAGUUGCACUGAGCUGUAAUACUAAUGUCUUGGCAUUCAAGCGAGUUCAGUUGGAACAUGAGGUUUUCUUGAUUUCUCGUAUACAAUGCUUUAUGUUAUAAGACUGAAAUGAGGUAAAUCAGCUGGCUCAUCAAGACAUGCAUGCAAUUUAUUUAUACACUAAAUUGUAAGAAACCAAACGAAGGUUUCUCAAAGGCACCCAUGGCAUUAGCGACAUGAUGGUAAAUUUAGUCACACCGAAAUUGUAUCCGUUUUGAUUAAAAUAAAUGUCACUUCUAAAACAGGUCACAAAAUUCUGUUUCGUCAAAUCUGGAUUAAAUCAUUGAACUACUAACACUUCCGGGACAUACACGGCGAUUAUAAAAAGGUUUAUUAAAUGCAAAACAUAACAAGAACAGAAAGCGUAUAGAUACAAGAAUGAGCUAUGCUGACCGUAACGCCAAAGAACAGAAAAGAUUUAAGUACGUUCGAAUUCUUAAAAACGAUUACAGUAAUUUUCUGUAAUUUUACGGAAAUCGAAUAAAUUUAAAUGCGCAAAGCAUAUGAUAUAUCCCCCUAUCAAUUUAGUAAAAGUUUAAGUAUUAUUAUCAUAAAUUACAAAUACAUUUAAAGUAUGAACUAAGGAACUAUUUUAAGCAUUUUAUAUGCGUUUGAUAGUCAUGAAAAAAUAAAAACAAUAACAAGAGUUAUGAUCAAAGAAGAAUUACACCGCAAUCACAUUUAUCGGAAAACCCAAGCAUCAGUUGAUUUUUGUGCGGUUUUUAUUGCGUUGUUAAUAUUGCGAAAUAAAAUUAAAAUUAAUUUGUUCUAAAUAAUCAUGCAAAUGAUGUAAUAGCGCGAAUAGCCUAUUUAGCCCAGGCUCUUAAGUUUCAUUUAUUUAUAAUAACCGCGCGUUACAACACUUGAUAAUAUAUUUUACCUUAAAUAAAUUAAAUAAUUGAUUUCUUUUUAAAUUGUUAAUAAAACAUACACAAAUUUUAGCUUUGUAUUUUUAACAUUUAAUAAGUUUUUCUUUUUUUAAUUUCCAAAACUAUACUUUUAUUAAAUUUAUAACACAAUAAAAACUUAAUAAAAUACUUCUUUAAAUGUAC